UCUUACCACCUCUUUGGUAUCUCAUUUACGAUUUAUGGAUAUCAUUUGGAGAUGGAAAUAAUGAGUAGAUACAAAGCUGGUUCAUCUGAUGCAAUUAAACAUCAAGAGCAAAUUAUCAUAGUAAUGGUUAUUGGAGCAGCUCUUACGUUAUCCACCAUCUUUGAUGUCAUUCUACUGAUAGGAGCUUACACGAAUUGGCCGAAAUAUUUACUCACUUGGAUUGUUAUGGAAGUUAUCUCGGUUAUUCUAAGCAUUUUCGGUGUUCCUGGUCUAAUGUUGGAAUUUCCACCGUUUUUUGGAAAUAUACCAGGAUUAUCUUUAGUUACCACCGUCUACAUCAUUCUCAUCGUCAAAAGUCAUCACCAUAAUCUGUUAACGAUUGCCAAAAAAACGUCACCAGUUGUUGAUGCUUGAUAUUGAAGUAUCAAUAUCAUAUUCAGUGAAGUAUAUCUGAUAUAAUUUAAGUACAUCAAUAUAAUAAUUGAAGUAUUGAUAUAAUGAAGUAUAUCAAUAAUCAGUAACCGAUUAGAAAUCAGGAACCGUUGGAAUCUGUAACCGUUUCAUCAGUAACGGUUGGAAAUCAAAUAAAAGUAAGAAAGAAAGAAAGAAUGGAUGUAAGUGCAUUGUUGCAAAACUCCUUGGUCGAGAAUAGAAAUAAAUUAUUUAUGGUGAGAUUCAUUUAAAACUGUCAGUUUUGGUACACAUCAAAUCAAAUUUGUAUUAAGAUUCUAAAACAAUUCGACAAGAUCGAAUGGAGAACAUUACAAACAUAAUAUAAAUAGAAACGUAAUAGAAUAGAAAUUGGUAUAGGGAUCAACUUGUGAGACCUACAGUAACUAUAUAUAUACAGUAACCAUAGUUAUAUAGUUACUGUAGUGAAACCGUGACUUUACUUAUAGAAAUGUACCAAUCUUAAAAAUACAGUUUAUUAGUCACAUUCACAUUUAGUUAAGUGUAGAUAUGACAUCCAUAUAAAUGUGCAUGUGACUAAAAUAAACAGUGUUUUUUUCAAUUAUGGAGAAAUUUUGACAAUAUCAAUUCCCAUUCAACAAAUAACAGGCUUGUCUCAACAAUACACAUCUGAAUCAGUACCAGAGUAGAUUUUAUAUAAUUUUCCAACAUUAUUAAACAGUGGAACCUUUUGAUUGUUAUUGGGGUUUGUGAUGUAAAAGGCUGUGUGUUUUUAACUGUACAGUACAUGCUUUAAUGACUUAAUGUAUAAUUAUGUAGCACAUAAUAGACUCUUGAAAGUAUUUUUUUUUAAAUGUAUGUAUCGAUUCAUACAAUAAGUACACCAUUAAAAUGAUAGGGAAAGAAAAAUAAGGUAACCUUGUGCUAUUCCUCUCCCAAAUUUAGAUAAGGUAAAGCU